AUGGAGGGCUCAGUGCAGAACGUGAGGAGCGUUAAAAGAAGUAAAGAAGAGAAGAAAGUGAUUAAAAGAAACAUUAAAACUUCUCACACGCUUCUGAAACAUGAAGGAAUAAUUACUGCAACUCAACCUACAAAGUACCUGGUCGUAUCUAAUGGAGGUUUGGGGAACGGUGUGAGCAGAGAGCUGCUGUCGGACCUCCUGAAUGAAGCGGGUACGGUCGAGUCGCUUCUCAUGCCCCCUGAUAAACCGUACUCGUAUGUCACCUACACGUCACUGGAGGAGAGUCGGGCCACUCAUGCGCUGUUUAACGGGCGAGUGCUGACGUGUAACGGGCGUGACAUCACACUCUACUGCAGCUACGUACAUAAAGUGGAUGGAGGGGUGAGUGUGUGUUCCUCUCUUCCUCCUGGACUGAGUGUACUAGAAGAUUUUGUGUCUCCUGAACUAGAGGCGCGGCUGCUGCAGGCCGUGGACUGGACGUCGCAUUCUGAUGUCACAGUGCAGAAAGAACUGAAGCACCGGAGAGUGAAGCAUUAUGGGUACGAGUUCCGCUAUGAUAACAACAACGUGGAUAAGGACAAGCCUCUACCUGGGGGUUUGCCGUCGGUGUGUGACGCUGUGCUGCAGAAGUGUGUGUGUGAGGGUCACAUCAGCGUUCUUCCUGAUCAGCUCACAGUCAACCAGUAUGAGAUUGGACAGGGUAUCCCCCCUCAUGUGGACACACACUCGCCGUUUGAAGACACCAUCCUGUCUCUCAGUCUGGGAGCCAAGACCGUGAUGGAUUUUCGACACCCUGACGGUCGAUCUGUCGCCGUGGUUUUACCGGCGAGGAGUUUGUUAGUGAUGAAGGGUGAGAGUCGCUACCUCUGGACUCAUGGUAUCACACCCAGGAAGUUUGACGUGGUGCCCGCGUUGAACGCCGAGGGCUCUGGCGUGGUGAACCUGGACCUCAGCAAUCUGACCCUAACCCAGCGUGGCACCAGGACGUCGUUCACCUUCCGCAAAGUCCGACACACACCUUGUAACUGCACGUACCCCUCGGAGUGCGACACUCAGCGCCCGCCGUCCCCACCCCGGGUUCCAGUCGCCCGGACGGACGCGUGUCAGCUGGAGGAGCAGUACGUUCACCGCGUGUACGAGGAGAUCUCCUCCCACUUCAGCGGCACGCGACACACGCCCUGGCCGAGGGUCCGAGACUUCCUGCUGUCGCUGCCGGAGGGCGCCACGGUGGCCGACGUCGGGUGCGGGAAUGGCAAAUACCUGGGCGUCAACCCUCGUGUGUUCUCGGUGGGGUGUGACCGCAGCGCCAAGCUGGUGUCCAUUUGCGCCGAACGAGGAUUCCAAUCGCUGGUCUGUGACGCCUUAUCCGUCCCACUGUGCAGCUCCACGUUCGACGCCGUCGUCUCCAUCGCCGUCAUCCAUCACCUCUCCACGCAGGAGAGGAGACUGGCAGCGGUUACAGAGCUGGUGCGUCUGCUGAAGGUCGGAGGCCGAGCUCUGAUCUACGUCUGGGCCAUGGAGCAGGAGUACAAGAACCAAAAAUCCAAUUACCUCAAACCCUCCAGAAACCAGGAGAACCGAGAUGAGAACCAGGAGAACCUGCAGAACCAACAGGAGGGUGAGAGGAACCCCCGGGAGAACCAAGAGAGUGUGGAACUGGAGACAGAUCACAAAAACGAUGUGAACGUGAGCUCGGAGCAGGACUGUGGAAAUUCGAAUCCCCCGAAGCUGAGCGUCCACACCAAUCGUACGGCGUUCGCUUCUCAGGACCUCCUGGUUCCGUGGCACCUAAAAGGAGAAGCCAAGGCCAGUGAGAAGUCGGUGUUCCACAGGUUCUACCACGUGUUCCAGCAGGGUGAGCUGGAGAGUCUGAGUGAGUCAGUGGGAGGAGUGAAGGUACAGCAGAGCUACUAUGAUCAGGGAAACUGGUGUGUGAUUCUACAGAAAAUGCACCAGUAACACAGAAGCAGAUCUGGGAGUUUUAUGGUUUUAAUUGGAUUAUUUAUUAUAAAUAAAAAAUAAAAUGAUGAGUGUCAUGAUUCAGUCAAAUAAUGUUUGUAAAUAAAAAUAUUAAUGAUCUGUUGUAAUAAAAUAAUUAGGAAUG